UCCAAACAAUGGGUUGAAAAGUGGGAUGCGUACACAAAACCAGAAGAACCCACAAACCACAUGACUUUUUCCUUACAAAAUCAUCUACGACCCUCACUCCCCAAUCCCAUAUAAAUUCCUACAUACAAAGUCUCCCCACACCCAGAAAAAGAACACCCAAAUUCCAUCCUCAUCGUCUUCUUCUUCUCCCUCAAGAAAUCAAAUCAAAUUCUCAUCAUCAACCCUCUUUCUCUCUCUCUCUCUCUCUAUAGAAAUCAAGAACCCUAAACAAAGAAAACAAGAAACCAAAACCCCAUCAUCAUCAUCAUCAAAGCAAAUCAAAACCCCAUCUUCCUCUCUCUCUGUGGAAAUCAAGAAUCAAGAAAACCAAAACCCCAUCAUCCUCUCUCUCUCUAGAAAUCAAGAAAUCCAAAACCCCCAUCAGUCUCUCUCUCUAGAGAUCAAGAAUCAAGAAGACUAGAAGCUCCAUCAUCAUCUCUCUCUCUAGAAAUCAAGAAAUCCAAAACCCCCAUCAGUCUCUCUCUCUAGAGAUCAAGAAUCAAGAAGACUAGAAGCUCCAUCAUCAUCUCUCUCUCUAGAAAUCAAGAUGCUGCACUUGUUCUUUGCAGUGGCUUUCUCGGCGGUGCCGUUGACUCUGUAUGUACCCCCAAUCAGAAGCUUGAAUCUAUUCGUGCAAACAAUGGAAGAUCUAUGGAGGGAAUCGAGUGUGUAUACACACAGGGUUUAUCCUCGACUACGGUAUGCCUUCCGUAGGAUCUUGGAUUGUAUGCUCUGCACCACCACCACCACCACCACCACCACCACCACCCCCAUCCAUUAAUUGGAUAGUUUUUCCAAUAUGUUUCUGGCUUUUCGAUCUGCAAUUUCUGGUUUCUGUUGACGCUAAAUUUGCGGGAUUAUGUGAUGUUGAGUUUUUAUC